UUGCACAAUGUUACAUAGACGUGGGGUAUCACUAGCCACCCACUGGCAACCACACACAGUGGAUGUUCCCUGACCAUCAGCUCAUGCCCACACCAACACAAAACAUGGAUGGAAAUCUACCGUUGACCCAAUCAUCGUAUUGCACCGUGGUAGAUACAAAAGACCAAUCUAAACUAAUAUGCUACACGCAUACAACAUCUGGGAUAUUCAAUGUUGGCUUGACAAAUGCCUUUGAUGUGUGGAGCACAGAUUUCACUGAGGAGACAUUGAACCAGUUUAGACAGAAGUUUGCCUUAAAGUCAACAGAGGAUUAUAUCCUGAAAAUCAGGUCUGCGUGUGGGAGUGGGAGUGUGUCGGUAUCGGUGGAGGACACCGAUGCAGUGCUCUAUGUAGCGGCCAGUCCAGGAGACCUGAGUGUGACUCUGUCCAGACUAAAAGAACAAGAGGCUAAAGAGGUCCUGAGAGAGCUGCUGUUUAGAAUGGCAGACAGCCUGACCCAUUUAAACAAUACUGGCCCUGCCUCAUUCAGUCCUGGGAAGAGUCCACACAAACGGAAUACAGACUUUGAGCCAAGGAGACACCAGCAGAGUGGCCAAACUAUGGCAGUCAAGAAGCGUCUCCCAGGAGAUUCUCUCAUCAACCCAGGAACUAAGAGAAAGCGUCAAGCAACCGGGGUGGCAUUUGAUGAAGAAGACGAUCAAUGAUAAUUUGCUAAGAGGAAUGACCACAGUUGCUUUCCAUCCUUGCUGUCACAUUUCUCCAGCAUACAAACAAUAUAGUGCAUGAAUGUUCUUUUAAUCCACUAACACUAAGCCAUACAGCUUCAACAAAAUAUCCCAAAUGGCACUCAUUCCCUAUUUGGUGCACUACUUUUGACCAGAUCCCUAUGGGUAAUGAUUAAAAGUAGUGCACUAUAUAGGGUGCCUGAUUAAAAGUAGUGCACUAUAUAAGGUGCAAUUUUAGACGCACUCAUUAUCAUUACCUCAAUCACUGUGGGAAGAAUUGAAACAUGUCUUCCCCAAAACUAUUCUCCCCAAUUUUCGUUGUAUUCAAUUGGUAGUUACAGUCUUGUCUCAUCGCUGCAACUCCCGUACGGACUCGGGAGAGGCGAAGGUCGUGAGCCGUGCGUCGUCCGAAACACAACCAAACCAAGCCGCACUGCUUCUUGACACAGUG